UCUCGCGCAGCCAUCCAAACCUUCCCGUUCCUCUAGCACACUGCACAGAUGCUCCAGCCAAUUUGACAGUCGGUUUGAUAUCGUCUCUGAGGAACUGAGCGGUUGGAGGACCGGAGAAAAGAAACACCCCGUUUGCGUCCAUAUGAGGAGCCACUGACCGUGGGAACGAUGAUAAUCACGAAUCCUUCCCCGGACAGCAGGACUUAAAACCUGCAGUCCCACUGCUCAACCCGUCCCUUUUAUUUCCACAUUUUAGUAGAGAUACGGACGUAGCGACAUUUUUGUACCAUCUCCCUCGUUGUAGCCUAUUUUAACCCCUGUACAUUGAGCUUGACAGUGUCUUGGGACGAUGUGGAAAACUGGUCUUCUUCUCCUCUUUUGGGGACUAUUAACGUCUGGUGAACUCCAGCAAGAAGAAACGGAGCCAGAGCGCCGAAGUCUGCCACCGUCGGGAAAGUUGGAUUUUGGCUAUGUGCCUCAGGGAGUUUACCAAACCCUCGCCUAUUACGAACCUGGAGUAAUAGGGUUACUGUUCCACAUGGUGCACGCUUUCCUAUACGUAGUGCAGCCCAACCCGUUCCCGGAAGAUCUCGUCAUCAAAGUCGCCAAGGAUAAAUUUGGAGCCAUUCAGUCGGAGUAUCAGAAGCCAGAGAACAUUGUUCUGACGCUCCAGGCCAUCUACUAUGAGACAGGUUUCGUGGUGUGUGCUGUGCUCGGCCUGCUCUUCAUGGUCCUGCUGCCCCUGGUCGGCCUCUUCUUCUGCCUGUGCCGCUGCUGCGACAACUGUGGUGGCGAGAUGCACCAGCGCCAGCGGAAGAACGCAGACUGCCAACGGGGCCUGCUCACCACACUGCUCUUCGCCACCUCGCUCGUCAUCACGGCUGGAGUACUGUGUGCGUAUGCAGCUAACCAGAACCUGAGCUCACAGCUCAAAGGCAUGAGGAGAUUGGUCAGUAGCAACCUGAGGGACCUGCAGAGUUUUACCAACGAGACGCCAACGCAAGUUGAUUAUCUAAUAGCACAAUACGCCACUGCCAAGAACAAAGUCAUUUCUGACUUGGAUAAUGUGGGUCCUCUGCUUGGAGGGAAGAUUCAUGAGGAAUUGGGGAAAGAAGUCUGUCCUGCAAUGGACGGAGCGCUCCGUAUGGCUGGUGCCAUGCGGGAGACCAAAGACGCCCUGGAGAACGUGAGUAUGUCUCUGGAGGUUCUCCAGGAGGCGACAGGGAAGCUCCACUUCAACCUGAGCCUGGUGCGCUUCAGCCUCAAUAGAACCCUCAACGACCCGGGCUGCAACGACGAGGACUCAGACGCCACCACCGCCCAGCUCUGCCUCUCCAUCCGUAGCUCCCUGGCACAGCUCCACGUCAGCGCCAACUUCACCCGGUUACCUGAUAUGAACAAUCAGCUGGAAAGUGUGAAUCAAUUGAUGAAAACGGACCUCAGCAAUAUCAUUCAAAAGGGCUACUCCUCAUUCAAUGACACUCCAGCGAUGGUCAGUGACCAGAUGAGGAACGUAUUCGAGGGAGCCCGGGGCAUGUUGGACAUCAUCGGCACCAACAUCAGCAGCUUCUCCAAGGUGUUCCCUGUACACAGCACUAUGGCCAACUUCACCAACUUCAUUAGUCACACACACUCCAAGAUAGAAGACUCCUACCCCGAGAUUGACCAGAUCGACUUCUACAGGUGGAUUUGCUGUAUUGGCCUGUGCUGCAUGGUGGUUCUCAUCCUUGCUUUCAACUUCCUGGCCAUACUGUGUGGCACCAUAGGCUAUGACAAGCACGCCUCCCCCACCACACGGGGCUGUGUCUCCAACACCGGCGGCACCCUGCUAAUGGCCGGUGUGGGCUUCAGCUUCCUCUUCUCCUGGAUACUGAUGGGAGUGGUGACCGCCACCUUUCUGGUCGGGGGCAACUUGGAGAAGCUGGUCUGCGAGCCCUUCCACACCAAGCAGCUUUUCAAGGUUUUGGACACUCCUCACCUGGUGAACCCUGAGUGGAGGAACUUCAUCCCAGGGUACAUGUACAACGACUCAGACCUGGAUCUCACAGUGGAGAGUCUCUACAGUAAUUGCAAGGAGAACAGAGGUAUUUACUCUGCCAUGCGCCUGGACAAAGUCUUCAAUGUCACACCCUUCCUAAACUCUAGCCUGUACACCAAGGAGGUGGGGAAGAUGUUUAAUGAUGUGAAGAUUGACCUGAGAGUUAUCGUUCUGCUGGAGUCUGAGGGGAAGCAGAACCUCAUUGGCUUCUCUGAGACGGGCGUCGACAGGAUCAACUACGCAGCCUAUCUAGAGGAGGUUAACAAAGGGGUGACUCAGGUGGACUUGCUGUCGUACGCCAAUGAGCUCGAGGCACAGACGGACCUUAUGCCCAAGGGGCCCCUCCAGACCUCUCUAAAGGGCCACGCCAACAGUCUCCGGCAGAUCCACAGUCAGCAGGUCGUCCCUAUGGAGCAGGCCAUGAGUAUGCUGAACCAGAGCAUCAGACUACUGGAGAGGACGGCCUCAGACCUGCCGAACAAAGUCGCCGAUGUACUGGCGACCAUCGAAGCAGCACAGUAUCUCAUCUCCCAGAAUGCCACACAAGUCGUCAACCAGGAAACGGAAAAGUACAAGCAAACCAUUGUUGGUUAUUUCAGGCAAUACAUAGAGUGGGUCAGGACUUCUCUGACCAUGGAGGUAGCGGCUUGCAAACCCUUCAGCAACAUCGUGGACACAGUGGAGAUCGUAGCCUGCAGCUUCUUGGUUGACUCAUUGAACACAUUCUGGUUUGGCCUAGGCUGCUGUGCCCUAUUCCUCCUUCCUAGCAUCAUCCUGUCAGUAAAACUGGCAAAGUUCUACCGUAGAAUGGACACAGAGGAUGUUUACGAUGAUUCCUCUGUUUCUGGGACUUGGCAUUUUACUUUGUGAUAACCAUUCCUACUAUUUCCAUCUUCUUCCAUCCUUACUUUUCAUUUCAUUUCUCUCCGUCAAGCACUUUGCACUUUAUGAAGAAAAUUGAAAAAAGCGGCGUAUUAAGUACUAUUCAUAUUGUUUUAUGCAUCCUUCAGUAGCCCUCACCUCUCCCAUGCACUUACAGUAGUGAAUGAAUGCGAUAGACAAGUCACCAAGUGUCUUGAUCAAAGACGUGUAUCGACGUAAUCUGAUCAGUGCCCAAAAACCUUUUGGUGCAUUUCUAUUGCCGAGCAUUUCAUACAUUUUUUUUUGUUCUUUUUUUCUAUCAUUGUAGCAUUGAGACAAUUCCCAUGAAAACGUAAGAUACUAUUGACCCAUUUUACCUUUCCUUUCUCCUUCCAGUAGAACUCAUCCGUACAUCUGCGCUUUUCUGUGGAUUUUGUACAUAGAUUGAAUUGCUGAUUUCUUGGUGCUGGUUCUUGGUGUUUAACAUUUUUAGCUUUGAAAUGCAUCCGUCGGUAUAUUGUUUUGGCUUUCCUUUGCGUGCAAUCUUGAAAAAGUGCCCCUUGUUGAUCAUUAAGGGCUCUGCUUUCUUGUUUUUAGUAUUUGAUUAUUAGGAGUUAGUAACACAAGCAUUUCACUGCACCCGCUAUUUAAAAAAAAAGUUUUAAAAAGUAUUUAACCUAACUAGUCAGUUAAGAACAAAUUGUAUUUACAGUGAUGACCUACCCCGACCAAACCCGGACGAUGCUAUAACAUCUGCUAAACUGUGUAUGCAACUAAUACACUUUGAUUGGAUUCUUACAAGCCCACCUUUUGUUUUUGUAAGUUAAGGUGUAAGAUAAAGUACUGUGGUUGAUGCAUUCUAGACUUUCUAUAUAGAACCAUACGUUUGUUUACGUUUAGAAUAGACGCUUAGCAUUUCCCCAAGUUUUCCUACUUCGAGAGAAACUUUAAUUGCCGAGGGUUGAUAGCAUGCCCUGUCUCUCACGUCAUAUCUUUUCAUCAUGUUUUUUUGGUAUGCAAUGUUUUGUUUCAGUAUGGAAAUUGGUAAUAAUGGUUAUCAUAUUGAGCAUUUACAAAGGUAUCCAAAAACCCUGUAAUGACAAGGUAAACAAAAUAUAAAGCAGUCCGACGGUAAAAAAAAAUCUAUUUGCAUGGCCUGUUUCAGGGAGGGAUUGGGGCAGGGGCGGCAUGUUGGCUAAGGGGCAGUCAGUCACUCAGUGGGGUGGUUAAAUAAGGUUGCUGGGACACAGUGCAUGCCCAAUUGGUUGGCUAGCUCCUCAGACACGUCUGGAGGUCAGCUGAUCUUUCCACUGGAUGCUACACUGGUUGCUGCUCCAGCAUUGGGAGGUCACAAACAAGCCAGCUAGUCCACUGUUUACUGCUUGUGUGUUUUAGUUUUGGGUUACACAAGAUCUUUGGAGCAUUACUAACCCACUGCAUGCUCUGUGCACAAUGACUUGAUCAAGUGAAAUGAAACUCCUUGCAUGUCUCCUCUUCUUUAGAAUUGGGCAAACUGCUGUGAAUGUACACGUGAUCCUUUUGCUUCGAGAGAGGCAAAAAGAGAGGCAAGCAUGUCUGCUUUGGUGUGGUGCUACUGAGACAACUGCUCAUGUGACGAACUUCUAACGACCUCUAACUGCAUGUUUUUCAUUGAAAUGUACAUUUGGACGGCCAAGCAAUGUGAACCAAACACAGAGAGCAUCACCGCAGAAUGACAGACAGGGGAACGUGACAAUAACACACAUGCGGAGACUACCACCUAUGGCUUGUCUUUUAUUACAAUCUACCCAGUAUCAUCAUCAAUUCACCAUGACCAUGGUUUCACUCUCUACUUCCCUCUAAAAGUCAAUAUAAAAUCCGUUUGGAUAGAGUGGAUAUUAUUCCCUCAGUUCAGUGCAUAUGCAACACGUGUAUGGUUACACACAGGCAAAUUUACUGCAUACAUUCACCUUGGCAUCAUACCAUCCCUUGUUGGCCUCAAGCCCUCAGCGAGUGUCGAUGGAGUGGUUCUGCUCUGUGUUUUGGGGAAAGCCUGCUGCUCCCUUCAAGUGCAGGAUCUGAAAGCUAGAGACAGGACUAACAAAAUGGUUGACCCUCGAAUGUUCCCUUUUCCUGGCAUUGAUGUUGUCCCCCUUUCCUGUACCCCUGUGCCACUAGCAUCCUUGCCUAUGACACUAUGACUAGGUUCCCACGGGCCUCCGCUCCCCCCAGGCAUAUUGACUGGUGAGAGAGGCCCGGGCUUUUUGACCGACUCCAGAAAGUGCCAUCGGAAACUGGAACUGAAACACUAGAUUGACACCAUCAAUUUCCCAACCCUUGGACAAGACAAAGCUUCAAAAAGAGGUCCUUACCUGAUGUAUUUUGUGUGUGUUCAGCCGGUCCUCUCUUCCUCUGUCUGCACGGAUCUUUUUACUGACAAGAUCCUAAUGACCAGUCACAGCCUGUUCUGGAUAUCCGCUGUCCAAUAGGACCCCCCCCCUCAGACACUACAGAAGGUGCUGUCAUCAACCCUUUCUUUGAUCUUCCCCGGGGGGGGGGGAAACUAUAAGGAAGCCAUACAUCUGAGCCAGUGUCGGUCGACCUUCAUCCUUCACCUCUCACACAGCUGUCUAGUGUGUUUACAUUAGUCUGGCCACAAUAUCAGAGCCGAGGCUGAGUUCAAAUUGAGGACACAACGACAAUUACAUGGCUGUGUACUCUCAAAUCUUUUGUACUUCUUUCGCGUUGUCUAAACAGUGAAUGAAAAGAUCCUUUGAAAUGUCAUGUAGAGCUGCUACUAGAGCAUUGCCAUUACUGCUCAUAUUUGAGGGGUCUUUGCGAUGAUGUUUUACUAACUGAUGAGGAGAGCCGUUUGAGACGUAUCACGUGAAACAAACAGGGUUGAGGCAAACUCCAGACGGUUGCCUUUUAGACCUGUUUUACCACAGCAUUUUGACUGGUGUCCACCAUCUUGUUGGAUAUGAGGAAAUACUGUAUCUCAUAUCAGUGUAUAACAGGUAGGAUAUCACAUGAACCUGGACAGAAAUGUCAAGAGACUAUAACAUUCCUUAGUUGAUUAAUUGAUUAACAGUAAAUGCAAAGUAUCCUGUUGCGUAUACGGCACGUUAAUAAAGAUAUUUUCCCGGGGCUAUUGUAGUGGUCAAACUUUAAAUUGGAGAACUGCUAUUUGAAGCCAAAUCCAAUUUUUACUGUAGGUCUCAGGUCUUUAGUUGUAUAACAGUUAUGCAUAAUAUAUUGUUUCAAUCUUUUUUGUUGUUGUAAAUCCCACAGUAGCUUUUGGUACCUAUGGAACUAUGGAAGGGGGAAUGUAUUGAAUAGUCAUUUGUAUAUAAGAGAUGUAUUGCUUAAAGUGAUUUAUGACACCCGUGUGGACUAUGCUGAACAACGUUAACAUACUGUAAAAAUGUGCCACCCCCCCCAAUAACAUAGCCCAUCUGUUCUCACUUGUUUACACGUUCCUUCUUCCCUACUGUCUGCCUCACAAAGAUGGGGACAUUAGCCUGCUUAACUACCAUGUGCUGUCAAUCAAAUAGCAUUAAUCCAAUCCAAUAGAGGCUUGUUGAUGAGUGGAGCGAGGACAUCUUAUUGGUAUAACUGAUCUUGCCCGUUGAGUCUUGGAAAGAAAGGCCACUUCCCAAUCAACCAUUACUACUUAAGUACAUGCCUGCAGACUGCUUACCUUAACAAGUGUAUGAUUAAUCACAUGACAUGCUAUUUUACUGAGAUCUAAUGACAGGCGUUUUAUAUGCACUAUCUGGUUAGAUAGUGGGUGCAAUGUUUCCUGGUUGCUUUAAGGGUAGAACUGUAAUGGUGGCACCGGAUAGUGGGGGGUGCACUGAUGGUGAUCAUUGGAAAUGUGUGUCCUUGUAAUGAUGAUUUUUUUUUUUUGAAAGUGUACAAAUGUGAAUAAACUUUCAGUUGCAUUCUUGUA